AUGGCAGACGGUGGACCACAGGGCCAGUCCAGGGCUCAGCUGCAGCAGUUCCCAGUGGGGGAGCCCAUGCAGUGGCUGGGGCGCAUACAGCCUGAAGGACGUAGCAUCAGUGACUACGCAAAAAACAAGGAAAGGGUUUUUCAGCUGAUCCCAGCCAACCCUCCUCUUGAAGCACCCACCCCUGGCCGCUGCAGGACUUGUGCUGUGGUGGGAAAUUCUCGUAAUUUGUUGAAAUCACAUUACGGACCUUUUAUAGAUUUCCAGGACUACGUCAUAAGGGGUCAUAUCAAAGGCUUUGAAGCAGAUGUUGGGAACAGAACAACUCAUCGUGUCAUGUAUCCAGAGAGUUCUUCUCAGUUGGAUAACACCACUCAUCCAGUGCUGUUUACAUUUAAGAUAAGAGAUCUUGAAUGGAUUACGAAGGUUCUGAGCACACAACCUUCUGGAAAGCCAAGAAAAUCGAUCUUCAACAAGGAUUUGGUGAUGGUUGUUAACCCGGCUUUUAUGAGGAAUAUCCAUGAAGUGUGGAUGCAGAAGAAGGGCACUUAUCCCUCCACCGGCUUCAUGGCUUUGGUUCUUGCCCUGCAUAUUUGUGACGAGGUCCAUGUGUUUGGUUUUGGAGCAGACAGUGAUGGAAACUGGAGUCAUUACUUUGAAAAACUCACUGACAAAUAUCUAAGAACUGGACCACAUGCUGGAAAUGAAGAGUAUAAAAUGAUCCUGCUCCUGUGCUGGCUGCGCCUGACAUUACUCGACCUUCCCAGCUUGAGGUGGAUGCCAGUGCCGCUGGUGCGGUGUUGUUUGAUGGUGACGUGA